CUUACUCACUCACUCACUCACUCACUCACUUACACGCACUCACUCACUGGGGCCGGGACUCAACUCACACAUCUAUACAGGGUAACAGUCAGUGGCUCCGCCCACAGCAAUGCAGCAAGUGGUAGUGAACCAGCAGGUAACUGUUGCCUUGGCGACACAAUGGAGGAGUGGCUUGUGCUCUUGUUGUGAUGAUGUCGAAAUCUGUUGUUGUGCUUUCUGGUGCUUCCCAUGUUUCCAGUGCAAGACGGUCAGUGAUUUUGGGGAGUGUCUGUGUCUCCCCCUUAUAGAGUGUCACAACCUUGACUUAUUAGUGUCUACUGCCAUGAGAGCGGCCGUGAGAGAGCGAUACCACAUCCAGGGCUCCAUUUGUAACGACUGCUGCACCAUUUGCUGUUGUUAUAUCUGUAUCUGGUGCCAGAUGGGCCGAGAGAUCAAGUACCGUAAGAGCCACAUGAGCACCACCACUGUCCAAACUACCACUGUGCAACCCCAACAUUACCCCUACCGCUAAAGACUCCCCACAGCAACAUACCUGCCCCUGCCGCUUCAUAUCUGCCUUGAAAUACUACUACUACUACUACUGAAAUACUACUACUACUGCCGCUACUGAAAUACUACUACUACUACUACUGAAAUACUACUACUACUGAAAUACCCCACAUCUCAGCAUCUCUUCCUAUUGCUCUGCAACUGCCCAUGCUGAAGAUUUCCCCCCGACGCUACUAAUUACCAAUCUGUUGUACUGCGUGUCCUUUAGCUGAGCAAUAAAGUGUAUCACUGACAA